UCUGCGAUACCAAUGCAUGAGUUCGUCUGAUCAAAGUCCGCGAGAGCUGAGCUGAGAUGACGAGAAAUGCCCUGAAACACCGGUCAUUCCGGUCCCUGUGAAUGAAUUUUCUCAACAGAAAUACUGAAAAAUAUGGAAGGAAAAUGGUCCAUUGGAGACAAAUGCAUGGCGCCAUUUUCCGGUGAUGGCUCCCUCUACAAAGCUGUCAUCCGCAAGAUAGAAGAAGAUGGGGACGGACGCAAGAUGGCAGAGGUCCAUUACAAGGGCUUCUUGCCAGAGGAUAAUGAACUAGUCCCCCUUGAGGACCUUAAGGAGAUGACACGAUCAAAGAACUCUUGUAAGAAGAGCAGUGCCCCAGAUGUAGGCUUUGAUAGUCCACUUUUAAAUUACAUCUCAGAAGAGGAUAGAAUUAGAGCUCAGUAUGCAGACAUGUAUGAUGACCCAAGACCAGUGAACAGACCAACCUCUACUCCACCUGACAAGAAGACUACUACACUCAAGGGGUCAAGGGUCGCUGCUGUCGUGAAGAAGCGUAAGGGGGUAGUUGCUUUCGGAGGUGAUGCUAAGGCAGUCCCUAAAAGUGCAACAGUAGAUAAACCAAGGAAAAUAAAUCAACCAGUUGCAACAUCCUCAAAUGUUGACAGGACAUCCAGAGAUGAUUGGGAUAUUGCUGAUUUAGAAGAAGGUUUCAGUGAUAAGGAUGUUGAGAAGCCACACUUUCCAGGGAAAUCUGAUAUGAGUACCAAAGAACCUUUGACCCUCUCUAGUCCAGACAGAAGGCCAUUGAUACAGGUCAGUGAAUCCAGAUUACCGUAUUAG